AGGCUGUGACGUAACUUCCGGCGUGAGCGGCGAAAGCCGGGAGGGCGAGAGAGAGCGAGCACCAGCAGGCAGCCGGCGGGCGGGCGGACUGACGGCACGGGGAGAGGGAGCGAGCGAGCAGUGCGUGAGCCAGCGAGGGCGGCCGGGUCCCGAGGACAGUCGAGAUUCCGCAGGUCCCUCUGGCCCCCUCCCCGGAGCCCACAGCGCCUCCGGUCUCCAGCGGAGCGGACACGGCCCGGCCCGGCCAUGGCCUCGUUGCUGAAGGUGGAUCAGGAAGUGAAGCUCAAGGUUGAUUCUUUCAGAGAGCGGAUCACAAGUGAGGCAGAAGACUUGGUGGCAAAUUUUUUCCCAAAGAAAUUGUUAGAACUUGAUAGUUUUUUGAAGGAACCAAUCCUAAACAUCCAUGACUUAACUCAGAUCCACUCAGACAUGAAUCUCCCAGUCCCUGACCCCAUUCUUCUCACCAAUAGCCAUGAUGGACUGGAUGGUCCCACUUACAAGAAGCGAAGGUUGGAUGAGUGUGAAGAGGCCUUCCAAGGAACCAAGGUGUUUGUGAUGCCCAAUGGAAUGCUAAAAAGCAACCAGCAGCUGGUGGACAUUAUUGAGAAAGUGAAACCUGAGAUCCGGCUGCUGAUCGAGAAAUGUAACACGGUCAAAAUGUGGGUACAGCUCCUGAUUCCCAGGAUAGAAGAUGGGAACAACUUUGGGGUGUCCAUUCAGGAAGAGACAGUUGCUGAACUAAGAACUGUUGAGAGUGAAGCUGCAUCUUAUCUGGACCAGAUUUCUAGAUAUUAUAUUACAAGAGCCAAAUUGGUUUCUAAAAUAGCUAAAUAUCCCCAUGUGGAGGACUAUCGCCGCACCGUGACAGAGAUUGAUGAGAAGGAAUAUAUCAGCCUUCGGCUCAUCAUAUCAGAGCUGAGGAAUCAAUACGUCACUCUACAUGACAUGAUCCUGAAAAAUAUCGAGAAGAUCAAACGGCCUCGGAGCAGCAAUGCAGAGACACUGUACUGAGGCCAGGGCCAGGGCCAGGGGACUCUGUGAGUCUGGCUCAAGACCGACAUUGCCUUGGUUUGUUACAUGACUAUCGUGAUGGGGAAACUGGCUGAAAAUAGUAAUCGCACCUCUCUGUUUUUAGUUAGAGCCUAAUGAAACGCUCAUCUAGUUCUGUGAUGUGUUUACUUCUUUUUUUCAGGCCUCAGGAACUCUUCUAUUUCCUUCCCUAAUACCCCACACCCAACCUGUCCUAAUUUCUGGAGAACUCCAGGUUUGUGUGUGCAGGAUGUUGGCACAAGAUUGCUUGGGUUUCUUUCUCCCCCUCUCUCCCUUCUGUGUCUUGGGCUUUGUAUUUUCUUCCAUUUGAUGAUUAGUUAGAAGCUGAAGGAACUGGAAGGAAAAAAGUGCUAGGUGUUUUUAGGAGCUGAGGUGGGGGGGGGGGACCAGCUUCUCUUCACAUGAGGUUAGUGUCUCUUUCCUGGCCCUUGGAUCCUCCCUGCCACAGUGGCCCUGGUGAUGACCUAGGGUUUGUAUCUGCAGACAUCCCACCUUGAACAUGAUCAUGACAAGAAACACCUUAGGCCUUCAGUCAAGUCCGUAGCUCCUUCAGAUGUUUUUAUAAUGGAGGUUUUCAUGUAUACAUAUAUGUGUGCAUAUGUACACACACUCCUUCCAACUCCGUUACCUUACAUACCUUCCUCCCCCAUCCCUGUCACACACAUACCUUUCUGGAGGUGACAACUGUCCUAGUUGUUAUCCACCCAGGCGAAAGUCUUGGGUUCAUCCUCCCUCCUGAUAUUGUAGCCUCUUGGUGCCCAGGGUGAGUUAAGAGGAGAACUGAGAGAUGAGAAGCAGAGGGCCUGGGGGGCCCUUCCUCUGUGACUCAGGCUCUUUUUGGUGUUAUUACAAAGGCUGGUCCUCUGGCUGCUCCUGGUUGCUUUUCUCAGGCCAAUUGUAAAUUGGGGUGGGGUGUCUGCAGCUGUGCAGUCCAGGUGCUGCUGCUCCUGUUGGGCUUUCCCUUUGGGAAAUAUUUCUCUUAUUUAUAGUAUUGUGCUUCCAGGGAAAGCAGUCAUUUGAGUGUGUGUGUGUGUGUGUGUGUGUGCGUGCGCACGUGUGUGCGAGCAUGCAUGCAUGCACAGAUAUACAUUUGUGUAUGUGGAAAUAUGCUGGGCAAGUCAGAACUGUAGAAGAGUUGCCUCCUAUCUCUCGAAUCUUCCAGUCACUUACUGUUACAGCUCUGUGUUCACCCUCAUCAGCCCCCAGUGUUUUAUUCUACUACUACUGGAGAGUCGCUCGCUGUCUGCAGUGAGCCUGCCAGCAGCUCUCAUUGUCUCCAACUUUUAUUCUUCUCCUCUCUGUCUUCCAGCCCCUAAUCAUAUUUCCACCUGGGAUGCAUCAUUUUUACUCCCAACAUUCUGUAGAGAAGGAGUUCAGGAUGCUGUCUUCCCAUGGAUAGUACUCAGUAACAAAUCAAUUGCAUUUUAGUUGGGCAGUGCCCCACCCACCCUCCAGAUCCCUUCCAGCUAAAGCCCUUCCCCCUCCCACCAUGUGUUUAGUUUCCCUUUUUGUUUGUUGGCUUGUUCUGUUGCCCUCCUCUCACCCUACCACCCUUGGAUCGUAAUGUAAAAUUCUUUUACCAUGUCAAGAAAUUAUUAAAAAAUACAGGUACUUUGACCUCUUUUUAAA